AUGUCUCUCAGAAGAAAAAUCAUCGAAGAUAUAGAACUGACGAAUAAAAAAAUCCUAGUGAGAAUCUUAGCCUCACUACACACUAUAAAGUUUCUCAUGAGCAAAAACGUUGAAGCCAUCAUAAUGAUAACUCACCUUGGGAAAGUAUCGUUUCGAUGCGAUCCGAUACGGCCAGAAGUAAACAUAAUCCUACCGGUUGACUUUGUGACUGGCGACAAGCUUGAUGAAAAGACCACAAUGGGGAAGGCUAAAAUUAAAGACGGAAUCAAGGGAGACAAUAUUGUUGGUUCAUGGAUUGAGUGA